CGGCAUCCAGGAACAGGGAGUACUCGGUGCCCCCUCCCUAUGCCACCCCCUCCGUGAUGCCCCUGUCCCGCUGGCUGAGAUCUGUGGGGGUCUUCUUGCUGCCGGCCCCCUGCUGGGCGCCCCGGGAGAGGUGGCUGGGUCCCCUACGGCGGCCCUCUCUGGUGCAUGGGUGCCCAGUCCUGGGGGCCUGGCACAUUACCCGCUGCUGGUGCCAAGCGUGGACAGAGGAGCCUCGAACAUUUUACUCCUCCCUCAGAAUGAAUGGAGAUCAGAAAUCGGACGUUUAUGCCCAAGAAAGGCAGAAUUUCAUCCAGCACUUCUCCCAGAUUGUCAAGGUGCUCACUGAGGAGGAUACUGGGCACCCAGAGAUAGGAGAUGCUGUUGCCCGCUUGAAGAAGGUCCUGGAGUACAACGCCAUUGGAGGCAAGUACCAGCGGGGUUUGACGGUGCUAAUAGUGUUCCGGGAGCUGGUGGAGCCGACGAAGCAGGAUGCUGAUAGUAUCCAGCGGGCCCUGACCGUGGGCUGGUGUGUGGAACUGCUCCAAGCCUUCUUUCUGGUGUCAGAUGACAUCAUGGAUUCAUCCCUCACCCGGCGGGGGCAGAUCUGCUGGUAUCAGAAGCCAGGCAUAGGUUUGGAUGCCAUCAAUGAUGCUUUUCUCCUGGAAGCAACUAUCUACCGCCUGUUGAAGUUCUACUGCCGGGAGCAGCCCUAUUACCUGAAUCUGAUCGAGCUCUUCCUGCAGAGUUCCUAUCAGACUGAGAUCGGACAGACCUUGGACCUCAUCACAGGCACCCAGGGCAAUGUGGAUCUUGGCAGAUUCACUGAGAAAAGGUACAAAUCUAUUGUCAAGUACAAGACAGCUUUCUACUCCUUCUACCUUCCUGUGGCUGCUGCCAUGUAUAUGGCGGGCAUUGAUGGGGAGAAGGAGCAUGCCAAUGCCAAGAAGAUCCUGCUGGAGAUGGGGGAGUUCUUUCAGAUUCAGGAUGAUUACCUUGAUCUCUUUGGGGAUCCCAGUGUGACAGGCAAGAUCGGCACUGACAUCCAGGACAACAAGUGCAGCUGGCUGGUGGUUCAGUGUCUGCAGCGGGCCUCUCCGGAACAGCGCCAGAUCCUGCAGGAGAACUACGGGCAGAAGGAGGCUGAGAAGGUGGCCCGGGUGAAGGCACUCUACGAGGAGAUGAAUCUGCCGGCCGUGUUCAUGCAGUACGAGGAAGAUAGUUACAGCCACCUUAUGGGUCUCAUCGAGCAGUAUGCUGCGCCUCUGCCCGCAGCCAUCUUCCUGGGGCUCGCACAAAAGAUCUACAAGCGGAAAAAGUGACCUAGAGAUUGAAGGUGUGGAGGGGAGGCUCUCAAUAAAUUAUUGUCUAACA